CGCUCUCUCUGGUGUCUUCUAGUGACUUCGAUCCCGCGUUUACACGUCGCCUCCUCCUCCUCCAGGCUCGCUCGCAUUCCACUUCUGUUACAGGCGACCGCGAUCGCGUCGCCCGCGAGUGAUCUCACCCCCGGCCAUGGACACGCAUCAUGCUCUACCGGAUCCCGAUCGUCCCGCGCGCCUCCUCCCCUCCGCCUCCGCGGGAUCCCGCCGCCGGAUCGCCAUCGCCGUCGACCUCAGCGACGAGAGCGCCCACGCUGUGAGCUGGGCCGUACGGAACUACUUGCGCCCCGGGGACGCCGUCGUCCUCCUCCAUGUCCGCCCCACCAGCGUCCUCUACGGCGCCGAUUGGGGCGCAGUCGACCUCUCCCUACCGGCCGGCGACGACGACGCGGAGAACGGGCUCCCUGCCUCCGAGGAGUCGCAGCGGAAGAUGGAGGAGGAUUUCGACGCCUUCACCACGAGCAAGGCGCAGGACCUGGCGCAACCCCUCGUGGACGCGCAGAUUCCCUUCAAGAUCCACAUCGUCAAGGACCACGACAUGAAGGAGCGGCUGUGCCUCGAGGUGGAGAGGCUGCGUCCUAGCGCGGUUAUCAUGGGGAGCAGGGGAUUUGGGGCUGCCAGGAGCGUCAGCAAGAGCCGUCUCGGAAGCGUCAGCGAUUACUGCGUCCAUCACUGCGCUUGCCCCGUGGUGGUGGUCCGUUACCCUGAUGAUGGGGCUGGUGCUGGAUCUGGACUGGACAAUGGAGAGGCCAAGAAGUUAGACGAGGGGAUCGAGCUUCACCUGGCGCCAGAGGAGGAACAGGAGUAUCACGAUGCUGCUGAGGAACAAAAAGCUAUGUAGGAGAGCUGAAUCACCUCUGGAAAGUUCCAUAGCAGAUGUCGCCCCACACAUCAGGUCCGUCAAAGAUGGCAUAAUCCCUGACAGUUUUCAGGUGUGAUUCACCAGUUUUAGAUGGCGUUCUCUUUUAUUUGAAUAUUGAAUGUGCUGCUAAAAUAUUCAGCUAACCCUCCAUAUUGGAUGUCUGCCAAAGCUUGCUGCUAAAUGUUUGCUGUAAUCAAAUUAGCGAGUACUAAUCAAUUUUGUCCCAUAAUUGAUGAUUUAAUCGGUUUUAAGCCAGAAGGGAUUUAAUAAAACUUAAGAGAUCCAGUAUUAUUUGCAGUUCUUUUCUUAAUUCCUCGAGUUUGUUUGUUGAGUUUUUCAGUUCUGUCACUGUAAUCAUGUGUCAAGACUGUUUACAUUACUGCUUGCUUAUGUUUAGGCCAUAAAAACACACCCAAAUAUCUGGAGUUCUUUUUUGCCAACCUUAUGUUUCAUAAUUUUCUGUCUAUUCAUUUUUAGUAUGUUUAUGAACAUAAGUACAGCCUGUUGUUUCCUUUGUAAGAUUAUAUUUGGUUCUAAAUAUUUUAACUUGCCAUUUAGCUUUGAAGCUCAUAUUAGCUGUUAGGUUCAUUUUCAUUUUGCAUUGGUUGUUACUUUCUCAAGUUAUGGAACACUGCUUCAUCUUCCUGUCUGUCUACUUGGGUUUCUUCUGCAGAUUUGAUCCUAACAUCUUAAAAUGACCCGACACAGUUUUACUACCUAAACUAGUUGACAUUUUUCAUUGGUUAUAUAAUUCGUUCUCUAGCAUAAUCUUUGUUUUUCUUGUUUGGUUAUCUCCAUUUGAAGCCAGAUCUUGCAGUGGAGUGUGAAUAUCGUUUAUUAGGGGCAUUUUGUUGUUGCAUGUGCAAUUGCACUCUACAUGGUAAAUCCAUCAUCUGUAACAUGAAAAAGCUUGGUUGCAUGUCUGCAUGUUGCAAGUGGUUUGUCUGUGGGCAAACAAACGCUUGCAAGUCGAUUUCUUGGCGCGAGACGAUCGACAUGGAUGAUCGAACAUCAUUUUCAUUAUUAAAGAUGAUAAUAAUUGGUUUCUUGCUAUACGGGGGAGGCGAUUUGGAUUCGGUAAGGCUACUACCGUAGCUGGGACCCGAAAACCAAAUCCAUUGCCAUGUAUUCUUCACCAGUACAUUUUUGAUAGGGGAGAUGUUGGGGAAAGAUUCGCUAUAUGUGGCUAAAACGGCAUUGAAGCAACUAAGUCAGUACCUGCUUUUGCAAGCAACCCGGUCAUCCAUCUCUGUCCAAAGGACGCCACGGUAAUCCUGAAACCAUGUCAUGCAGCUAACAGAGCCUACCACUGUUGGUGGUCGGUGGUAGGUGGCAGAGGCUGCUCGGCCAUCCUUGUUUACUGUGGGACACUCAAAUUGUAGUAAUAAUAAUAAGAUCAUAAGAUCUUAAUUAUUUUAGAUCGAUUAUAUGAUUUUUUUAUUAUUUAAAAUUUUAUUUAUAGUCUUUUUUUUUUUUUCUAAUCUUCUUCUCAUAAGUUAUUUGUAGGUCUUUGAGCAUGUCCUUGUUAUUUAUUAAUUCAUCAAGAUGAAUAUUACUGGUACUUGAAACCAUAGAAUAAAAAGACUAUAGUCUAUUGGGAUGUAACUAUUUAUUUUUUAUCUUAAUUUGUUGAUGCUAAUUAUUCCUGAAAUGGAGAGAUUAUUUGCA